UCACAAUCGUUUUCGCGCCAAAUUUGUCACAUGUUUGAUUUCCAUCGAAGGAGGACGCUCACCAUCGAAGAAUCAAAGCUUUCUUCCCGUUUCGCCCGUAAAACAUGCCUGAUUAUCAAGAAGAAUUAGAUAAAGCCAAGCGCUUUCUAGCGGAAUUCUACGUCCAAGAGGAUGAAGGAAAAGAGUUUAAAUAUGGCGAACAACUGAUCAAAAUUGCACAUAGAGAGCAACAGGAACUACUGAUAGAACUGGAUGAUAUCGCAGAGAUUGACCAAGAUCUUGCAGAGAAUGUAAAGGAGAACACGCGUCGGUACAAGCGCCUGUUUGAAGAUGCAAUCUAUGAGAUGCUUCCAGAGUACAAGGAGCGUGAGGUCCAAACAAAAGAUGCUCUUGAUAUAUACAUUGAACACAGGUUGCUACUAGAGCAACGGAACCGCCAGAAUGAACCAGGUGGAGCAAUCGACCCAAGGACCAAAUACCCCCCAGAGCUCCUUAGGAGAUUUGAAGUAAAUUUUAAACAUCUCAGCACCCAGAAGCACGAGUCUGUGCGUAACGUGAAGGCAGACUGCAUUGGCAAGCUGACUGUAGUGAGAGGCAUUGUGACGAGAUGCACUGAAGUCAAACCUGUAGUUGAGGUGGCAACCUACACAUGUGACCAGUGCGGUGCUGAGUCUUACCAAACAAUUCAAUCCCAGACGUUUAUGCCACUUUUGAUGUGCCCUAGUGAGGAGUGUAAAACGAACAGGGCCGGAGGUCGCCUUUACCUGCAGACUAGAGGCUCUAAAUUUGUCAAAUUCCAGGAGCUCAAGAUACAGGAACACAGUGAUCAAGUUCCGGUGGGACACAUCCCACGAUCCAUGACAAUCAUUGCUAAGGGAGAGAAUACUCGGCUUGCAACACCAGGCGACCAUGUGAGCGUCACAGGGAUCUUCCUGCCAAUGAUGAAGACAGGUUUUCGUCAGAUGACCCAAGGGCUGCUAUCAGAUACAUUUUUAGAAGCUCAUCGCAUUGUUAGGAUGAAUAAAACAGAAGAUGAUGAGAUGCCAACAGAUGACCUUUCUGAUGAAGAGAUCAGAGCACUUUCAACGGAGGCUGACUUCUAUGAUAAAUUGGCAUCAUCACUAGCGCCUGAGAUCUAUGGCCACGAAGACAUAAAGAAAGCACUGCUUUUAUUGCUUGUGGGUGGCGUAGACUGCACUCCUCAUGGGAUGAAAAUCAGAGGUAACAUCAAUAUUCUUCUCAUGGGAGACCCUGGUGUUGCAAAAAGUCAGAUGCUCUCUUACAUCGACAGAUUAGCACCAAGAAGUCAGUACACUACAGGGCGGGGAAGUACCGGAGUUGGUCUGACGGCUGCUGUGAUGAAAGACCCACUGACUGGAGAAAUGAUUCUUGAGGGUGGUGCCUUGGUGCUGGCAGACAAAGGUGUCUGCUGCAUUGAUGAGUUUGACAAGAUGAUGGAUGGCGACAGGACAGCCAUUCACGAAGUCAUGGAACAGCAAACUGUUUCCAUUGCAAAGGCUGGUAUAAUGACUACACUAAAUGCCAGGGUAUCAAUCCUUGCUGCAGCGAAUCCUGCAUAUGGUCGCUAUAACCCCAAGAAGUCAGCUGAGCAGAACAUCCAGCUUCCUGCGGCCCUUUUAUCCCGAUUUGACCUGCUUUGGCUGAUCCAGGAUAAGCCAGACAAGGAGAACGACUUGAGACUGGCACAGCACAUCACUUACGUCCACCAACACUCUGCUCACCCCCCGUCACACUACGACCCCCUCGACAUGAACCUUAUGAGGCGGUAUAUUGCAGCAUGCAAGGAAAAGCAGCCGAUUGUCCCCGGUGAACUGUCGGACUACAUCGUUAGUGCUUAUGUAGAAAUGAGGAAGGACGCACGGAAUAAUCAUGACACAACCUUCACCUCUGCCAGAACAUUACUCGCAGUUCUCCGUCUUGCCACGGCGCUGGCGCGCCUUCGACUAGCGGACGUUGUCGAGAAAGAGGAUGUGAACGAAGCGAUGCGCUUGAUGGAAAUGUCCAAGGCUUCGCUCUCGGAUGAUGAGGGUACUGUUCGGGUGGUGGAUCCAGUCGAUGCUAUUUAUGGUAUCAUCAAGGAAAUCGCUGGAGACGCGAGCAGUGUCAAAAUGCAAGAGGCGAAGCAGCGCUGUCUCUCCAAGGGUUUUACCCCCGACCAGUUCCAGAAAUGCCUCCAGGAGUACGAAAAUCUAGACGUGUGGCAGAUAAACCAAAAACAGACAAGAAUCACCUUUGUACGAUAACUCCGCCUCUUUCUGUCAAUCGUCGCUAGCUGUCAGUCAAAGUCAGAUUUGUACUCCGCCUCCGCCCGCUUGGUUUCAUUGAAUAUGACAGCGACAUCAGUACGAAAUGUGCCCGAGCACAUACCACCUGGCGCAAGUUAUGAGGAUGGUACCAACUUGUUCGUCCGUGUUUAAUAUAGUUGUCUCUAUAGCCUUUACAGUUAUUUUUCACCGAGCAAAUGCAAAAUCACUUUUUCUAACGUAUUUAAUGAGAUGCCAUUAACUUUUUAUCGCUGUUUUUUGUUGUUGUAAAGUUUCAGUAAGCGUUAUUUUUUCUUUUAUGUAAAGUUUGCCAUUUCUGUUAUCGUGUUGUACAGACCCAUUAAAGUAUAUGAAUUUGGUGCA